ACUUUCAGUGCUGUGUGAACCAUAAAACGGUGUUAGACGUGUUCGGAACACCACAACAACAAAAAGGAAAAGGGAAAGAAAAGAAAAGAAGCGAACCCCACCACAGACAGAGAGAUUUCCCGCAGAGUGACAAAUGGAUAUUAUUAUUAUUAUUAUUAUUGAAGUGACAAGAACUCAAGUGCUCGAUAAACAAUAUACUGGUAGAUCCAAAGAACUGCAAUCUAGAACCAAAGGAAUUCAAACCGCUAAUCGUAUCGUGCGUGUGUGCUGAAUCAACAAAUAAUCCAAGCCAAUCCAAUCAGAACAUACACUCCAGACCGCUACCGUACCGCUCCACGGAAGCAUAAUCAAUCGGAGCACAAUUGAUACAACACUCAGAAACAUGAAAUUAAGACCUUUGCGAUGGCUGCGCCAGCCGUCGGCUAAACAAUCAACCGCCAAGAAGGAGGAGGAGCUGCAAGUGGUACGCAAUCACAUGAUCAAGGACAUGCAGAAGAGAUUUGGGGACACACCCGUGAAGAUACUGCUGCUGGGAACAGCCGAAUCCGGCAAGACCACCAUCUUCAAACAGAUGAGAAUACUGCAUAUAAAUGGCUUUACGGAUGAUGAGCGUCGCGAUCGCAUACCUGAAAUAUAUCAAAACAUCCACGACUCCAUCCAUCAGCUGGUGCUACAGAUGGGCCUCCUGGGCCUGGACUUUGGCAGCUGCACCAGUGAACGCAGUGCCGACUAUAUCCUGUCGCUGCCCGGAGAGGCUCCGGAGUACAUGAAUGAGGAGUACUGCGACCACGUCAUGACUCUGUGGAACGAUGUGGGCAUCCGUGCGUGCUACGAUCGCUCGAAUGAAUACCCCCUGCUAGACAGUGCCAAAUAUUUUCUCGAUAACUUUGUGAGGAUCAGCGAUUGCGCGUAUAUACCCAGCACCGAGGACAUUCUGCACAGUCGGAAGAUCACCACUGGCAUCUCGCAGAUCACCUUCCGGGUGCCCGUGCCCAAGAGCCUGGGCGGCGGCGAGCAGGAGUUUCGCAUGUACGAUGUGGGGGGACAGCGGGAUCAGCGCAACAAAUGGAUUCAGGUGUUUGAGGGCAUACAGGCGGUGCUGUUUCUCGUCUCGUGCAGCGAAUUCGAUCAGAAUCUGCGCGAGGAUCCCAACCAGAACCGCCUGGAGGAGGCCCUGAAGCUGUUUCGACGCGUUUGGCAGAACCGUUUCCUCGCCUCCGCCGGCCUGAUUGUGUUUAUCAACAAAUACGACAUCAUGGAGCGGAAGAUCAGGGCGGGAAAGCACAUCGUUGACUAUUUCCCAGAGUACGAUGAGUUCUGCAAGCGGCCGCAGCAGGAUAAUUGCUUUGAUGAGUGCGACUGGACGAAGAUGUUCAUCAAGCAGAAGCUCGUGGACAUCACCCAGGAGCCCUUCAAGCGCCAUUCGCGCAACAACAGCGAUCUGAUCACCUCCGAGCGGGAGUGCUACUACCACUUCACUGUGGCCACAGACACGCGCUGCAUCCGCGAGGUAUUCAGCGAUGUCCAGAAGAUGAUCCUCUCCGAGAAUAUGUCCGGCACGGGUCUUUUCUAAGGCGGACCUCUCGCUCUUGCUCUCUCUCUCUCAGAAAGGGAGUGGUGCUCCCUGUACCAACUGUGAUCUUACUUAAGUAGGAAUGUAGAACCUUAGAUCAUAGAUAAUGACUUGUAUUCAUUAUACGUUAAUUGUAUAAUGUGCACACAUAUAUGUAUGCAUCAGAGACAGCUUUAAUAUGAUUAAUUUUAAAGGAAUAUUCCUAAGUAAAAAACACAUUAUAAAACACACUAAAACAAAA